CACACGCUGCUAAAAUUCUUAAUGGCUACAUAUGUUUUCUUUUACUUUUCUUGCAAACUUAAUUUUUUAAUUGCUGGAAGAAAUGUAUUUUCUUUCAUAUGAUUAUGAAAUAACAAUUUAAGAUAACCAAAAUUGAUGGUGCUGUUUUGUGUUCUUAACGUGGCGGGAUCGAAACUGGAAUUUUAAGUGUGGGAUCACUGAAGACUGCUGUCCCUAGAUUUGUUUUAUGUGUUACGAAAAAUGGAAGAACCGCCACUGAAAAAGGCAAGAGCAGGCAAGUCUGUCACAGAUAACAUAGAUGAUUUUAUAGAUAAUAUUGUAAAGUCUUCUAAAAACCUGCAACCCAUUAUUAAUCCAGAAUUAUAUGACUCUAUAGCGAAAGAGAAAGUUUACGUUGGUCAUAUAAAGGAUGCUAAAGAGUUAUCAAAGACAAUACAGAUAUUAAAUGACAAAAUUCCAUUAAAGGAAUUUCAGCAUUUGAAAAGAGUACGUAAUAGAGAUGUACUGCUUUGUCCAACGAUUUAUGUAACUCAAAAUUCAUCUAUACAAGAAUAUCUGGAAUUAAAUGUACCAGAUUUGAAACAAGUAUUUGAAUAUUUCAAAGAGCUAGAGGUACCGGCCACUGCGCCUAAAUUAAGAAGACAGCAUAUUGAGUGCAAUAAGGUUUGGUCGUGUAAUUUUCAUCCGAAUAGCUACUUAGAGAAAAUCGCUGGUGAUAAAUUUUUCACUGCGGCCGAAAUUAAAACACACAGAAUGUACAUGGCUGUUACUUUUGACGUCGCUAAAUUUUAUAUACAAAAUUAUAAAAUGGACGAUACAAUUAAUAUUCUUGAUGAAAUUAAUGUCACAGUUGUUGUGAAUCCGAUAAUGAAUUCUAUUGUAGAUGUAGCGUUCGAUAAUCGAAGAAAUCAUCCACUCCAGCACUCGACUAUGCUAGCCAUAGACAAUGUUGCGAAAACUCAAAAUGGCGGCGCUUGGAAUACAGACAAUACAGACGCUGUAAACAAUAAAUUAUGUGGUAUAGACAAGGAUCUGCUUGUUUACUUGAAGCAGAGGUAUAACGUUUGUUUUGGAGAAAGAACGUUUAAAAGUAAAGAUGAAAAAUCGGAUGUAGAUGGACCAUAUUUAUGUACUGGUUACUUUGUGUAUACAAUUAGAGAGCCCUGUGUGAUGUGUUCCAUGGCGUUAGUGCAUGCGAGGGCGAAAAGAGUGUUCUUCUGUUUCGAUAAUACGUCCCUCGGUGCCCUAAAGUGUAAAACGCAAUUGCAGAAUGUUCCAUUUUUAAAUCAUCGCUUCGAAGUGUUCUCGGGGUUUUUAUAACAUUACUAAACUUCUUUGGUAAAUUCAUAAUUAAAAAAAGAAUUACAAAAUACACCAAUAAAUUCUUAUGAAUAUUGACCAGAAUUUUAAUAUCACGUGACUUUACAAUUUAACGUACAGAAUUUAUUGUCUAUGGUUCAUUUAAAGUUGUUUCCCGCGCAAUUGUAUUCUAUGUUAAUCAAAAUAGUUUUAUUGAAUUAUUACAAUCUGUUUAUUAUAGGAAUACAUUGUAUGUACAUUAUUUUAUGAUUACAA